AUAUAUAUAUAUAUAUAUAUAUAGGAAUGGGAUCAAAUAAAAACUUUUUUAAGUUACAAACUUACAAACUUUUUUGGGCCAUCAGAUUAGAUUUGAUCCUAGGGCUGGGGCUGACUUAAAAUUUUAUAAUAGAGGGGUAAUUUAGUCAAUUUACGUUUAAACAGUUAUAACCUAUAUAAACUAAAAAAUUAACAGAAGCGUAUUAUUGUUUGUUGGAAAUUUUUGCCGGCUAGAGAGAGAAGACGCAUCGGAGAGAGACGACGGCGAGUUUCUGAGCUGGAGAGAGAACAACGCGGUUUUCGACUACAGAUUUACGCAUACUUGAAGGUGGAGAUUUGGUUAUUACUCUGUACGAUUGUUCUUCUUGUAUGCGAUUGUGCUAUGGACUUGAAUUCAGGUUUUGGUGAUAAAAUUGCUCAAAACUUUGAUGCUAAUACAUUGCCUAUGGAUGUUGUGGCUAUAGAAGAUGAUGAUUUGUCUUUGGGAGAAGUUGAUGAUUUGUCUUCGCGUAAAUAUGUAUCUCCAGGUUCUACAACGUAUUGGUUGCCUUGUAUGGUUGAUAGUAAACCUAAUGUUGGAAAAUCAUUUAGGAGUAUAGAUGAGGCUGCGCAUUUUUAUGUUGAUUAUGGUCGUUCUUGUGGAUUUGAUAUUAGGCGUGGUAGUGAGAAGCGAUAUCGAGAUGGACGUAUUCAAUCGACACGUUUUCACUGUUCACGAGAAGGCUUUUAUUCUAAAAAUGGUGAGAAGAAUGAUGAUGGCUCAUUUUGUUCAAAACAAAAGAGGAAAAGUAUGUUUACUAGAUGUGGAUGUCCUGCUAUGAUUGUGGUGAAACAUACGAAGGGUUCAAUAUAUGAGAUUACUUUGUUUAUUGAACAACAUAAUCAUAGGUUUGCUAGUGCUGAUGGUAAGAAGUUUUUGAAGGCAAACCGGUCAAUGACUGUUGCACAUCAAAAUUUUGCAUUUGAUUGUUCAAAAGUCAGAAUAGGUCCUGCUCGUGCGUUUGGUUUAAUGAAAGAGUUUGUUGGAGGGUAUGACCAGAUUGGGGCAACAGUUGUUGAUUUUAAAAAUUGGAAUAGAGACUUGAAGAACAUAAUUGGGAAUGCAGAUGCACAAGUAAUAUUGAAUAAAUUUCAAUCUUUGAAGGAUUCUUCUAAUGGCAGAUUCUACUAUGAACAUGAUGUGGAUGAGUCUGGAAAAUUGACAAAGUUAUUUUGGGCAGAUUGUGUUGGUCGUAGAAACUAUGAUGUGUUUGGUGAUGUUAUUUCAGUAGAUGCCACAUUUAGUACUAACAAGUAA